GCCGCCUUUGUUACUAUUAUUACCUAUUUCACGAGUCUUAUUCCUUUAACUUCAAUUUACGCAGGCUGAAACAAUGCGUUAUCAUACUCACAACGGUUUCUUUAACUUUAUACAUUCUGUUUUUGGACCACAUGCAAAAUCGCUACUCAAAGAUUGGAUCAAAUACAAUAAGAUCUAUAUCAAAUGCACUUUAAGGGAAAAAUUUUUAAGAUUUUGCCAAACUCACAAUAUUGUACCUACACAUUUACACAAUAUUUAUAACUCCGAACCGGUCUUUCAUCAUCCGAAGAUAAAGACGAAAUUCCAACAUAACAUUGACAUGUUUAUAAUGAAAACAUUACGUCUCGAAAUUAAUGACACAUGUAGGCUUACUAAUUACUCUCGUCUGCGCAUUUUCCGUCUCGCUCGUGGCAUUUCGAAUUGCUUGCCUUUCCAAACAUACAAUUCCUUCUUCCGUAAACAACAUGUUUCUUUACAAUCCUUUUAUAACACUCAACAUCAAAAUAUGAACAAAAAAAUUUCCUGGUUAUUAGAAAAACAUAACAAAUUCAAACACAGACAACUCCUGCCUAUCCAAUAUUAUUACAAUAUUCCUGAUACACACAACUCGAUUUCCUCUCCUUCCAUCUCUGCCCACAGUUUCUCAUUUUCACACACUCCCACCACGUCCGACCUUGACACUCUUUCAACAAAUAAAAUCAAUUUAGAUCCUCAGAUUUUUUAUAACAAUUUACCGAGCCCUUCCCUCACCUCCAUAAGAGAUAAAUGGCUAUCCAAUUUGUCUUCUACAGACAUCCCCGAGGAUAUUCAGUGCUUCUUACAAUUGGGGGACAAUUUCUCUCUUCCUUGUAAUAAUUAUAAAAAUAUUCUUUUUGAGUUCAUCAAGAGCAUUGAGAACAAUAUUAAAAAAUUACCGGAUUCCACACGCUCAGAAAUCAGAAACCACUCCAUUCCCAUCAUUAACAAAUUAAAAUCUUUUUCUAGCCAUUCUGCUUCCAACUCCGAAUUUUUCAAACUCAUUUCCAAAACCAAAGAAUUUCUUUCUAAUAACCCCGAUUUAAUUCUUACUAGAGCAGAUAAGGGCAACACUACUGUCGCCAUGAAUCGUCUUGACUAUAAAAAUAAAAUGACUGCAUUACUGUCAGACGAAGAUACAUACAAAAAAAUUGCCAAAGAUCCUAUCCGACAAAUAACAAGCAAGUCGAGGUUGCUUCUUGCGAGAUGGAGAGAUUCUGAUUAUAUAUCCAAUGUAAAAUACAGAACACUUUAUUGUAGUGAUGGGACACUCCCGAGAGCCUAUGGGUUGCCAAAGCUGCAUAAAGUCGGUAACCCUCUACGAAUUAUUAUAUCCUCCAUUGACAGUCCACUGUAUGAUCUUGCUAGUUAUUUGCACACGACAAUAUCCAAGAGCGUACCGGAGGCAAACAGCCACGUUAGUGACAGUUUUCAACUGGUGAAUAAGCUUUCCGGUGCACAGCUUGAUGAUAACUUUAUUCUUAUUUCUCUCGAUGUGGUAUCCCUUUUUACUAAUAUACCAAUCGAGUUAGCCAUUAACAGUAUCUCUAAUAGAUGGGAAUAUAUCUCAAAAAAUUGCAAGAUUCCUAAAGCCGAAUUUCUGAAUGCCGUACGCUUCGUCUUAGAAUCAACGUAUUUUAAAUUUGACGAUAUUACAUACAAACAAAACUUUGGCACGCCCAUGGGUUCUCCUUUGUCUCCUAUCAUCGCGGACCUGGUGCUGCAGGACCUUGAGACGGAGGUGCUAAGUGCAUUGGAUUUCCAAGUACCCUUCUUUCUUCGAUAUGUUGAUGAUAUCGCCACGGCGGUUCCUCGAGACAUGGUGAAUUUUACAUUAGAUAAAUUUAACUCAUUCCACCCGAGAUUACAAUUCACCAUUGAAAUUGGAAACGAAAGGUUGAAUUUUUUGGACACCACUAUCAUCCUGAACGAAAAAACUGUUGAGUUUGAUUGGUAUCACAAGCCAACUUUUUCGGGGCGAUACCUUAAUUUCCACUCUUGGCACCCUGUCUCACAGAAACGCGGCGUUGUCAUAUGUCUUGUCGACCGAGUUUUUCUUUUGUCCCACCCGAAAUAUCACAGGAAGAACUUGGAAUUCACCGUCAGCAUCCUUUUAGAAAAUGACUAUCCUCUUGACUUUAUUUUUAAAAUCAUUCGAGAACGACUCAGAUGCCUUUUCGUGGGGAGAUCAAAAAAACAGUUACUUGACAAUACAUCUGAAGAAUUAAAAAAAAUCUCUUGGUUCACCGUUCCGUAUGUUCCCUCAAUUUCAGAAAGAUUCAUAAAUAUUUUUAGAAAUUCCAAUUCAAAAACCGCUUUUUAUAGUUUAAAUAAAUUGAGUAGAUUCAUUAAGGUUCAAAAAGAUACUCUUCCAAUUUCUUCCUGUAAGGACGUUGUUUACAAGAUCUCAUGUCGUGAUUGCGAUGCGUCUUAUGUCGGACAAACUGGCAGACAAGUUAAAACCCGCAUUUCAGAACACCGUAACCAUAUUCGCAGAAACGUCUCUUCUCAGUCCGUUAUCACUGACCACAGGAUUGAGUGCGGUCAUGAUUUCGACUGGGAUGGCGUUAAGGUUCUCGAUCAUGAGAAAUCUUAUCAUAAGCGACUGAUUUCUGAAAUUUUAUAUAUUAAACAACAAUGUAACGGGCUCAAUUUACAAUCUGACACGGAUUUCUUACACCACGCAUAUUUAUCUAUUGUCGACAGUUUAUAGCUUGUUUUGCUAUCUAUUUAUCCUCAUCUGUAUGUUUGUUUAUCUCUCCGGAUAUCUGUUCGUACCGGCAGCACCAGUUCCCUUCUCAUUUCAAGUUUGACCGUUGUACAGACAAGACGUUCUCGAUUUGUCUCAAUUUCAAUUACUUAUUUAUUUACGCCUUUUGACAUGUGGUUAUUUGCGCUGACAAAAUUCUUUUGUACAUGGACAACUACUGACGUUGAGUCCGAAUCAUGUUCCGAUUUUCGAGCCUAACAACUCGUAUAAGCGUUACAUCUUCCGGAUGAGGAAGCCCUUCACCUCAACCUCAGCUGCGCCUUCGAAUUGUUACUGAAGAUGGCUCGAAUGAGCCGAAACGUUUAAUAAUAAAUUAUGUAUAUCUGAAAUCUUUACAGAUUAUUUACUUUUGCGCACCGUCUACCGCGCUUGACUCGUAUUCGC